CCUGCUUGUCCCCUAAAAUUCCCGUUUGUGCCCCCAGAGUCCUCUCCUUAUGGCCGGCAGGUCCCUGUUGGCGCUCUGAGGUCCCGGCUUGUCCCCCAGGUCCCCACCUUCCACCCAGCCCGAGCAGGCGGCGCCCAUGGAGUUCUCGGAGCUGAUCAAGACGGCGACAGUGGAGGACGUGCUGCUGUCGCGACAGGGGCUGCCCGCGGUGCGGGGCACGCUGUGCAUCACCAGCCACCACCUGCUGCUCUCCUCCUGCCCCCGCGGCGAGCUGGAGCUCUGGCUGCUCAUCCGCAACGUGGACGCCGUGGAGAAAAGGGUCUGCGGCUCCUCCGGCACCAUCACGCUGCGCUGCAAGGACCUGCAGGUGCUGCAGCUGGAGAUCCCGGGCAUGGAGGAGUGUCUGAACAUCGCCAGCUCCAUCGAGGCGCUGUCCUCGGUGGACUCGGUGAUGAUGCUGUACCCGUUCUUCUACCGCCCCCCGAGCCUGCAGCUCCAGCAGGGCUGGCACCUCCGUGUCCCCGAGCGCCACUUCCAGCGGGUGGCCUCGCAGACGAGCCGCUGGCGGCUGAGCACCGUGAACAGCGAUUUCAGCGCCUGCCCCUCGUACCCGCCCGCCGUGCUGGUGCCCGCGGCCGUGGCCGAUGCCACCGUGGCGAGGGCGGCGCGGUUCCGGCAGGGCGGGCGCUUCCCCGUCCUCAGCUACUUCCACCCCAAAAACGGCACCGCCCUGCUCCGCAGCAGCCAGCCCCUGACAGGCCCCAACCGGCGGCGCAGCCGUGAGGACGAGCAGCUCCUGGGGACGGUCCUGGCCGAGGGCGAGCGCGGCUUUGUCCUGGACACGCGCUCGGCGCAGGCGGCCAAGCAGGCGCGGAUCAGCGGCGGCGGCACCGAGCACAAAUCCGCCUACCCCGGCUGGAGGCGGCUGCACCGCGCCCUGGACAGGGGCCGUGUGCUGCAGGACAGUUUCUCCAGGCUGGUGGAGCUCUGCAGUGACCCCGCUGUGACCAUGGAGCGCUGGCUGGGCCGCCUGGACAGCAGCCGCUGGCUCGGCCACGUCAAGGCGGCGCUGAGCACGGCCUGCCUGGCUGCCCAGUGCCUGGACAGGGAGGGCUGCACGGUGCUGGUGCACGGCGCCGAGGGCACGGACACCACGCUGCUGGUGACGGCGCUGGCCCAGCUGAUCCUGGACCCCGCCUGCCGCACCCUGGACGGCUUCCAGGGGCUGCUGGAGCGGGAAUGGAUCCAGGCCGGGCACCCCUUCCAGCUGCGCUGCGCCCGCUCCGCCUCCUCCCACGCCCGGGGCAAGCAGGAGGCUCCCGUUUUCCUCCUCUUCCUGGACUGCGUGUGGCAGCUGAGCCGGCAGUUCCCCCUCUCCCUGGAAUUCGGGGAGCAGCUGCUGCUCACCCUCUUUGACAACGCCUACGCCUCGGCCUACGGCACCUUCCUGUGCAAUAACGAGAGGGAGAGGAGCCUGUGUAAGGUGAAGGAAAGCACCCACUCGCUGUGGGCAUGGCUGAACCAGCCCGAGGAGAGGCACAAGUACCUGAACCCUCUGUACUCACACAACCCCUUGGUGAUCUGGCCCUGCGUGGAGCCCCAGAGCAUCCAGCUGUGGCAGGGCUUUUUCCUGCGGUGGAUCCGUCCCUCCCAGCACCUGGAGGAGGCCUGGGGGCAGAUCCGGAGGUUGGUGCAGGGGAACAGCUCCUCCCUCCAGGAGAGCACAGGGAAAAGGCAGAGCCAGCCCCUCCCCGAGCCCCCUGCAGGGACAGGGAAUGGUGAACUGGGGACAGCAGGGACCAGGUGACGCUGGAUUGUCCCAUGGAAGGGCUGUGCAGGACACGGAGCCCGUGGGCAGAGCUUUCCCAGCCUUCAGCUGCCCACCCUGAGCUUGUUUCAGUAAAUUUCU